UUUCCUCGAAAUCCAAUCAAUUGUUAGCUUUUCCAAUUUGCACAAGCACCAACCAAACAGUGGCAUACAAAAAACAAUUUCUGUUUGUGAUUUCUCCUAACGUCAAUGCGAAUUGUCAACGUGUAUUUGGUAUCGUGAAAACUGACGUGGAGAAUUCCCAUACCGGAUUGGCAGUAGUAAAUAGUAGUCUUCUAAAAUUUAGACGUUCUUAGAAAUAUUCCCUGAAUCGUGGCAUGAGGACUCAUCCGUUCAAUAUGAACCUGAUAACGUAUAUCGGCGCACUUCUUGUUUUAACUUCUUUCGCCAGCGGACAACGAGUGGCACCUGGAGUACCUCCGCAACAAUACCAACAAGUGCCGCAGCAUGUUCCCCAACAGCAAUACCAACAAGUGCCCGUUCAGCACAUUCCCGUUGACCAGUACGGACAGCCCCUGCAUCAGCAAGUGCCUCAGCCACAAGUGCAAUAUCAGCAGCAACCAGUUCAGCAACAACAGCAGCAGGUCUACCAGCAACAGCAGCCACAACAGCACCAACAACAACAGCACCAGCAACAGCCUCAAGUGCCUCAAGCCGGGCAUGGAGCGCCUCACGGACACGGGGCCCCUCACGGCCAGCAGCCAGUCUUGAAUCCGGCCAAUAUUCAACAUGAACGAGAGCAUAUCGCCGAACAUAUGGACGUUCCGAUCGACACGAGCAAGAUGUCGGAGCAAGAACUGCAGUUCCAUUACUUUAAGAUGCAUGAUUCCGAUAAUAACAACAAAUUGGAUGGAUGCGAACUGAUCAAGUCGCUCAUUCAUUGGCACGAACAAGGAAGCAAGGACUCGCACGACGGUAAACCUAAAGUCGAAGAGAAAGUCUUCUCCGACGAUGAAUUAGUGGCUUUAAUUGAUCCAAUUCUACAAAUGGACGAUACCAGUCGUGACGGUUACAUAGAUUAUCCUGAAUUUAUCAAAGCACAGAAGAAGGCCUCGCAACAGAAUAGGCCAACAAAGUAAACACACAUACACAAACACACUCGUUUUGAUGUCUUGAGGAAGGUUGUUUUUCAUUUUGUGUAUUUUAGUCUCAUUUAAUUCUUAUUUAUGCAUACAUAUGUAAAGUGUAACACACGAACAAACAAACACACAGAAAUAAUGAAAAGUUUGAUCGAGACUGAAGCAAUUAUAAAAGAUGCGUUAAAUUCCAAUUGUGUAACAUUUGAAGCUGACUUGGAUCUGUUGUUAAUGUCGUUUUGCUUUCUCGUUUCAUUUUAAAAUAAAACCGUCCUGAGAUGGAUCUGACUAAGUGUUGCUGUUAAGCCAUUACGAUCGAAUCAUUGUUACAGCACGAAAUCACCUUUUUUGAAGAUACUUAUUUAAUUUUUGUAGUUUAUUUGUGAUCAAUGGAAACUAUAGUUGUACUCCAAAAUUUCAUUUACAGUAGCAUUCCAAAAUUACGCAUUUCCCAUUUGUUAGUUAGCGCUGCCACUCUAAGUGACGAUUAAUUAGGAAGGGCUUAGUUGUAUAUAAUUUCUCACGAUGUAAAAUGCAUUUUCCGACUAAUAGAGACGAAAAACAUCAACAUCAACGGGUGUUUUGAAUGUUCGUCAAAAGUUGCCAAAUAAUUGAAGAGUCCAUAAAUUAUUACUUAAAUGCAAAGCUUGAUCAAUUAAUAUCCACUUUAGUCUUCCAACAUAGAAUAAUGCGUAGCGGUUUAUAUUAUUUCGUCGCCUGUGAGUUGUUAGAUAGUUUUGCAUUGUUUCGAGUUCACUCGGAACUUUUUAAGUAUCCAAUGAAUUUCAUUGACCAGUGGAUCGUCUGCUGAUCACAUUUCAGUGGUUAAAAAAACGCAAAACCUCGUUGCUCAGUUUUGAAAUGUUCAGAUGCAAAAUGAAUGUUUCUAGUCACUUUCUGAAAAUUUUCGGAUUUAUUUUAAGGGCGAUAGGAUUAUUUCUGAGUUUAUACUGGCAGCUUGGUUGGAAAUUAUUAAAUUCAUUCUUUAGCCACGGAAUCAAUAACAAUUUAGAUAUUCCAUACUCAUUAGAAAGUUAUUAAAGUGUAGGUUUAUGGUAGUAAAGUUAUGCACAUGACUGAAAUUGAGAUAUCAAAAAAACUUCAUACUCAAACAAUAGCACGGCACCAGAUUGAUAACUGAUCACUACUUAGAUAUCUUUGUGACUCUUCAAUUACAUAUCUUAGAAAUGAAAAUGAAAUUAAGAAAAUUAGGUUCAACCAAAUAAUAUGGCAUACAUAUUAAAACGAUUCAGAGAGUAUGUGCAAAUGCGCAACAUGUAUGUAAGCUAUGUAUGUGAGAAUAUCAAAAUCGAAUAUUUAUAGAAUGUUUUAUAUUUGUAAAAUAAACAAAAAAGAUAAAUAAAAUAGGAUUUUUAUAGCAAA